AUGGACGAACUGAAUGCUCUUACACAAGAGGAAGCCAGCAGAAACGGAGUUUUCUGGGCUUUAUAUUCAGACAGUACUUUGGACACUCUGUCUGCCUCGCGCGGUGCAAAUGGCUUGCUCAUUAUAGAGCAAGCCUCUCUUCACGAAAACAGUUUGCUACCUUUUACGGGUCGCGCCUCAAUCCCCGGACAAGAUGGGGUGCAUUCAAAUCUACGGUUGGUGUCUGUUGCCUGCGCAUCCACGAGCAAUGGCACAGGUCUCAAAAUCUCUCAGCCAAACUUCUUUGGUCUCUUGGAUGCAAUGUCGGUAAAUCGGCAUGCGCUUUAUCUUAUUCAAAACGAGUAUGACGGGUUCCAUAUUAUACCAAACGGGCCCACGAUGACGUUCUUCAUUGGCACGUGGCUGUACGCAUUGGCAUGGUCCUUUGAUCCUAGCGAUCUCUCAACAAGAGCCAUAUUUAUAGACCGGUCUCGUGACUGCUACGCUCCGUUUGUUGAGCUCUUGAAACGUUUUCUGCAGUAUACAUCUAGUCCUGCUCUCCUUGCAUUUGUCACUGCCGUUCACGUUACAAGAUUCGACGACACAACUACUUCGCAUGAGCUAGCCCAUAUACAUUUCGUCGCCAGAGAAAUUGGAUACGACUCUAGGCGGCACGUCAAAUCAGGCAUGAAGCAUGAUAUCAAUAAGCUCACCAACUACCAUCAGUUGAUUGGGGGAACUCUUGAGAACAUCGCCAAUAAGCUUCGACAUCUUGGCCUCGUUGACUCCUUGUUUACCUUUGUCAUGGAAGAUCCCACUUUCAGCACGCCUAUCUCAGGUACAAUGAUGGAAGGCAUGCUCGUGAACACCGAGUAUCUCAGACGAGCCGUACCAGUUCUGCGGAGUCAGCGUGAUGCAUACGGCGAGUAUGUCAGGUACCAAAAGGAGCAAGCUGAACGAUUGUCGGAAGUUCUCUUUGGUCUCUUGACCCAUGAGGAUUCUCUCAUCAACAUCAAUAUCGCAAACCUCAGCACAGAACUCGCUAGAGCCUCCAAGGAGGAUAGCUCGACUAUGAAAGCUAUUGCCAUUCUUACCAUGGCGUUCCUUCCUGCGACGUUCUUUGCUACUCUGUUCGCCCUGCCGACGCUUGAGUCGGAGACCGUGGUUCUGGAUAUUUAG